AUGCUCCAGAAGCAGCGGUCGACGUCGCUCGAGAAGGAGCGGGCUGAUGAUCAAUGCUACGUGAAGAAUUCUUCGUUCUUGAGUCGUGAUAUCGAGGCGCAGAAGGUGAAGGAAAUAGCGUCCAAGAUUGGUAAGGAGUCGCCGCCAAAAACUGCUUCGCCGCCGAGGAAGGCCGCGUCCCCGCCGAAGAAAGAAGCCUCCCCGCCGAAGGGCGCCUCGCCCCCGAAGGAGGUCACGUCCCCACCAGCAGCAGUCUCCUCCUUCAGACUCAAGCGAGCCGAUUCCAAAGCUGACGAAAACUCGGUCGUCGCUAGGGCGAGCAAAAUAGAAGCCGCCUGUUCGCCUCCUAAUAAGGAAGUCACUUCUCCCCCCGUGUCCGCGGCCAAAAUCACCAGGACCAACUCGAAGGAAAAUUCUUGCCCUCCAAAAGUACCGAAGAGAGAAAAUUCUCUAAACAAAGAGCCUCCCAAAGUAGAAAAGUUGCCGUUGGUUUCUGAGAAAGAAGUCGGACUGGACAGUAACAAAAAUACUGUAGACAAUAAUUCUAAAGUAGAAACUCCCGCAUCUUCGAAGGAAGAAGAAUCCAAUGGGGUCGGGGACAAAAUCAAGAAGUUUGAGAAGGCGGCCGAGGAUGCGACCGGCACUGUAGGCCGCCUGUCCCGGCCCGGCUCCGUGCGCGGCAGGGCGCGCGCCUGCGAAGCCAGGGAGGACUUCCCUCCGCCCGCCACACCCUUCAAAGACAACGUGCACUUCGAUCUAGGUCCAGCAGAUAAACCGGAAACUAACUUCACGGAACGACAAGGUAUCAUGAAGAAUAACACCGUCACUCCCAAAUGGCAGCGCAGCGAGAGCCACGAAGAAAGAGUUAUUCAGAAACCUGAACCCCAAAAGAUUAUAAAGCCAGAAUUCAAACCAAUGCCGUCGCCGGUCGACGUGACCAUCCGCUCGCCGAGCCUCGGCGCGAAGGUCCCGGACCAGUUCCCGUCGCACGGCACCGCGUUCCGCAACGUCGCCUCGCCCGACCAGGCCCGCACCGUCAAGUUCAACGAAGAAGUAAAUACUCACAAUAACCUCAAGCCCUGCAAAUUGAAAACUAAAGAGAAGUACUCCGUGAGCAAGGGGUCGAGCUACUUCACGAGAGGGUCCGAGGAGAUCUGGCUCGUGAAGAAGAAAGAUAUAGAGGAGAUCGAGGAGCGCGUGCUGGACUCGUUCCGCCGGGCGGGCGGCAACAUCUGCAUGAGGAGCGAGUCGAUGCGGCCGGCCUCGGACGGCGGGCAGGGCGCGUCGUUCUCGCACGCCACCAUGGGGCGCAGCAAGCGGCCCGCGUACGCGCGCAGCGAGUCGCUGGACCCCGCGGGCGCGGCCGCGCGCGCCCACACGCUGAAGCGGCAGACGUCGGUGGCGUGCACGUGCGGCCACGACAAGAAGCCGCGCGCCAGGAGCGCCGGCCAGGACGCGCCGCGCAUGCGCAGCCGCUCGCACGGCGACGACCAGCCCGCCGUGCUCGACAAGUACGAGACCCUCGUGUAG